GCUGCUGUCAACGCCACCACCAGCAUCGACAGACCCAGUCGCUGUUCAACAUCUCCAGUUUAGUUAUUUAAUAGCGGUGCUGCGCAUCACCUACACACGUGUAAUGUAUACAUUCACAUAAGCUUACAAUAAGCAGAUGUGGUCGAGGUUGUGAUUUUAGGGGUUGAUUUGUGUUUUGAAGUUUUAGUUUUUUUUACGUUUGGAGGAGACAUCUGCGCAUGGACGUUAGUUUCUGAUUUAGCAAAAGAAAACACCAUCGGAGUGACCACUGCACUCUGCCAGUGGGGACCAGGCGCACGAUGGCCAUCCAUUUACAGACACCCGCGACAAAUAAUUAAAACUCAUUUCACUUGAUAACCAUUGAUAAAGUCAAUACAAUCCAAGCCAGAGCCGAUUCGUGAUUUUGGGUGCCCAGAGGCUAAUCCUGCUCCGAAAGCGGUGCCGACCAUUCCCGAUGGACACGGAGCAGUGCGAGACGAGCGACGCGAUGGCCAUGCCGGCGGACACCGCGGGCAACGACUCCUGCCGUCGCGACGACGAACCCUCGCAUCCGAGGGACCACGAGGAGGAGCCCGGGCCACCGGCCGAUGACGUGGACAUGAAGAGCAACGGCUCGCAGGGGAACGACUCGAGCGGGAACGACGAGCUCAACGGCAGCGAGUCGAACGGUACGGGCUCGCACGACGGCGCGUCGCGCGGCGCCGGCUCCAGCGGCCGCUCGAGGGGCAGCGGCAAGGACUCGGCGCUGAUGCUGCUCACGUCCGAAAGCAACAAGAGCUCAAAUUCCCAGAGCCCGUCUCCUCCAAGCAGCUCCAAUGCCUUCAGUCUCCUGAGCAGCUCCGAGCAAGACCACCCAUCCACAUCCGGUUGCAGCAGUGAGCAGUCGAUGAAGGCCAAGACACAGAAGGCCCUGCUCAAGACACUCAAGGACCUGAAGGCCCGGCUGCCGCCUGAGCGACGCGUCAAGGGCAAGUCGUCAACGCUGGCGACGCUGCAGUACGCGGUCUCGUGCAUCAAGCAGAUCCGAGCCAACGAGGAGUACUACCAGCUGUGGACGGUGGAUGAUGGCAAAACGGCGACGCUCGACAUCGGCACCUAUACCAUGGAGGAGCUGGAGACGAUCACCUCUGAGUACACACCCAAAAGCACCGACACUUUUGCGAUGGUGGUGUCGCUCAUCUCGGGCCGCAUGAUGUUCUCGUCGGAGCACACGGCCUGGACGCUCGGUUGUCGAAAGGAGCUGCUGUCCGACGUGAAGUUCGUGGAGAUGCUGGCGCCGCAGGACGUGAGCGUCUUCUACAGCGCCACAGCGCCGGGGAAGCUCCCGCCGUGGGGCAGCAUGCACGAGGCCGCCACUGCUGCGUUUGAAUAUCCCCAGGAGAAGCCGUUCUUUUGCCGAAUCCGGGGGGGAGGCAGUAAGGACGAGGCGGUGUACCUGCCGUUCCGGCUCACCCCGUACCUCAUGAAGGUUCGCGAGGGCGAAGACGGCGCCGACGCGGGUGGGGAGCCAUGCUGCCUGGUGCUCGCCGAGCGCGUGCACUCGGGCUACGAAGCGCCACGCAUCCCCCCGGAGAAGCGAAUCUUCACGACGACACACACGCCGGGCUGCGUCUUCCUGGACGUGGACGAGAGGGCGAUCCCCCUGCUGGGAUACCUGCCCCAGGACCUAGUGGGGACCCCCAUGCUGACGUACAUCCACCCCAACGACCGGCACCUGAUGCUCGCCGUGCACAAAAAGAUCUUGAAGUUUGUGGGGCAGCCAUUCGACCACUCCCCGUUCCGCUUCUGCUCGUACAACGGGGACUACGUGACCAUCGACACGAGCUGGUCGAGCUUCGUCAACCCGUGGAGCCGCAAGGUGGCCUUCAUCAUCGGCCGCCACAAAGUCCGCACAGGCCCCCUCAACGAGGAUGUGUUUGCGAGCCCCGCGACCGCGGUGGUUGGCGAAGUGGAGCCGCGGGCUCCGGACUCGGACGUCGCCGACAUCCAGGAGAGGAUCCACAAACUCCUGCUGCAGCCCGUGCACAACAAUGGCUCGAGCGGCUACGGGAGCCUCAUGGGCAGCAACGGGCAUGACUCGCACGGGCACCGGCUGAGCUUCGCUUCCUCCAGCGAGGGCACUGGCGCCGCACCUGAUGACGGCCACGCGGACAAACCCAUGUCAUUCGCCCAGAUUUGCGUGGACGUGCAGCAGCUGACGAACCCCGGGCGGCAGCAGCAGCAGCAGCGCUGCCCAGAACCCCUGAGCCGGCAGCAGCAGCAGCAGCAGCUCGGAGCGCAAGUGGGAGAUCAAGGCCAGAUGGUGCUGCCCAAGGCCGUGCUGGAGAUGGGCCGAGAAGGCCCGCGGGCCGGACGCGAGCGCUCAGCCAGAGCCGUCACGGACGAGACCGGCAAGAAGGAGCAGACGGCCAUGCCGUCCUACCAGCAGAUCAACUGCCUCUACUCCAUCAUACGAUACCUGGAGAGCUGCAACGUGCCCAAGGCGGAGAAGCGCAAGUGCCCGGCCUUGUGCGAGGCCUCCUCCUCGACCUCGGACGACGAGAAGCCGGACGUGGCCGCACAGGAUCCGAGCGGAGCCGAGAUGGACCCGGAAGUGAUGGAGGCGGAGCCCGAGAUGGCGGUGGACCCCGUGGAGCCGGUGGCGCCGCCCGUCAUGGCGACGCCGCCGCCGCCUCCGCCGCCGCUGGCCCCGCUGCCACUGCCCCUGAGCAAGGCGGAGAGCGUCAUGUCGGUGACGAGUCAGUGCAGCUACAGCAGCACCAUCGUUCACGUGGGCGACCGCGACAAAAAGAACCAGCCGCCCGACUCCGAAAUCGCUGCUCUGGAGGACACGCCCAACAUGGGGGGCGGGGACCCUCCCGAGACGCCCGGCAAGGGGGGCACGGCCCCCCCGCCGGAGAAGGAGCGCGAGAGGGAGGAGUACAAGAAGGUGGGCCUCACCAAGGAGGUGCUGUCGGCCCACACGCUCAAGGAGGAGCAGACGUACAUCCAGCGCUUCCUGGCGCGCGACGGCACCACCAACUUCUGGGCGUUCGGCUCCCCGCACCGCUUUUGCCUACCGAGCCAACACCGCGGCCGCUCACGCGACAGAGGCGUCCACGGCCUGUCUCAUCAGAGCUCCAAGGUGAGCGGCCCCACCCUGCGCCGCGCCGGCACCGGCGGCGUCGGCACCGGUGCCGGCACCUCCGGCCGACUCGGCAAGUCGAAGCCCAAGCGAGCGAAGCAGCAGCAGGAGUCGUCGGACAGCGGGCCCGGCUCCACCUACGCGCAGACACCCUUCCAGCGCCGCGCCACCACUGGCACCCGGUUCCAGCCGACCGUCGAGCAGGUGGCGGCCUGCAGCCAGAGCUGGUUGCCCUCGGACGAGUGCUUGGGCCCACUGCCCCAGCACGUGGCCUCCCUGCCCCCUCACGUGGCGGUGGGGCCCCCGGGGCUGGGGCCGCAGGGCGUGGGGCUCUACCAGCUGUCCUACCCGCUGCCGGUGCUGCCCGGCUUCCAGCCCGUCUCUGCCGAGGCCCAGUUCCCGGCGGCCGCCGUGGCGGCGGCGUCGGUGCCGCCGUACCUGGCACCCGUGCUCACGUUCGUGAUGCCGCAAAACUACCUCCUGCCCGCCGCCGGCUGCUACCAGGUGGCCGGCUCUGCGCAGGGGCCCGCGCCGGCCGUGUACGCUCUGCCGCCGUUUGCGCUGGCCUCCGCGGGGGCGCCGGGGCUGAUUGCCGACCCUUCCCAGGCCUCCGCGGCCACGCCGGCCGCGUCGAUGGCGACGAUGUCGUCGCUUGCGUCGGCGCCGGCUUCCUCGGGGCUGUACCCGCGGUGCAUCAUCGCCACCGGCGUGGAGGAGGAGGAAGAGGAGGAGGCGCCGGGCGCGGACGACGUGGACAUGGGGGAGGCGGUGGAUCUGCUGGCGGCCGUGGAGCCGGCGGCGCUGGCGGGAUCGCGGGCUUCCACGCCGGGCGUGCUGGCGGCACCGCUGUCACCCGGCCUGGAGGAGCAGGACUCCGCGCCGUCGCUUUUCGACCAAUCGCGGUGCAGCUCCCCGCUGCAGCUCAACCUCCUCAACUUGGACGAGGCGACGCCGCGCACCAACGAGCGCGCCGACGGCGGCGCCGGCGCUGAGCAGCAGCCCGGCGAGCAGCAGGAUGCCAGCGAAGAGGGGAACAACAACGACACAAUGUCCACUUCCAGCGACCUCCUGGACCUGCUGCUGCAGGAGGACUCCCACUCGGGCACGGACUCGGCCGCCUCGGGCUCGGGCUCCUCGGGCUCGGGGUCGUCGGGUUCGCGCUCGCUCGGCUCCGCGGGCUCGGGCGGCUCCAACGCCUGCGACACGUCGCGCAGCGGCACAGGCAGCACCAGCAACACCAGCCAGUACUUUGCAAGCAAUGACUCAUCGGAGGUUGACCAGAAAGAGCGCAAGGAGAGGGAGGAGGACAACAAGUUCAAGCAGCUGUUGCUGCAGGACCCCAUCUGGCUGCUCAUGGCCAACACCAACGAGUCGGUCAUGAUGACCUAUCAGCUGCCCUCCCGGGACGUGGAGACCGUUCUCAAGGAGGACCGUGAGAAACUCAAGGAGAUGCAGAAGCUGCAGCCUCGCUUCACGGAAGCACAGCGCCGGGAGCUGUGUGAGGUGCACCCAUGGCUCAAGAAAGGAGGGCUCCCCGUGGCUAUCAACAUCCAGGUGUGCGAGUGCGGCAGCACCACGAGCACCAAGGCCUCGGCCCCGUUUGACGUGGAGACGCACGAGAUGGACGAUGGCGGGAUGCUCGAACUAGGCGAGGAGGGCUCGGGCGUGGCCCAGCAGGCCGGCACGGUGGCGCCCCAACCCAUGCUGCUGCCCCCGCCACCGCCAGCUCCGUUCGGUGGCACCGUUUCCGCGACGAUGCGUGCGGCCCACAAGACCGCACAGGCCUCUGAGGGCGUCGCCAUGGAGACGGGGGUGUUGAGGAGGGACUGGCAGCAGCGAGGACAAAUUGUGUCACCGGCGAAACGAGCGCAGCAGCAGCAGCAGUCGGAGACAGCCUCCGAAUUUGCGCGGCCCUCAGCGUGCAAGUAGCGUGGCAGUGCAAAGUGUGAGGCUCGCAAUCUAAACGACUUUCGUUUGAGAGAUGUUGCUGGUACGUACUGUGAGGAAUGGUCAAAGCGCAGCUCAGUUUUGGCAGAGGAUUGUGAACAAUUCGGCAAGGGCGACUCGAUAUAAGUCGUGUGCCCGGCUGCUGCCGUGUCAUUGGUGGCGCUGCGCAGACAAAGGUGGCUGUGCCUGAGUGGCGCAGAUUCCCUUGAACGCAGGCGUGCAUUGGGCUGGCCACAGCAGUCGCCCACAAGCAGCGCUACCAACACGGCGAGUAUGCGUCUUUGUGAGUGGGUGUUUGAAUGAGGGGGUUUCCCAUAUGCGUGUGCAUGUACACGCCCAGGCGAAGAGAUCACUCUGGAUUCAAAUUCCAUAAGCAGCCCAGCACAGGUGUGCACAAAGGUAGGUGUGCGAACUGAUUCAACUCAAACGUAUGUGAUUGCAUUGGCAGCGAUCUAAACGAGUUGGUUAGCGUCGACAGGCUCCGUGAGUAGAGUCGGGGUACAGUCUAUAGGUUUGGACUGACACAACAUGAGUAAAUGCUAAGGCCCGAGACUUGUCUUAUGGCUGCUCGCAAUGCAAAUGAAUGGAGCCAGUCAAGUGAGAAAAUUGACCUAGAAAUAGGAGGUCGAAACAAGGCAUCUCCACGAUUGAAAAGCAUGGACUGGAGGAUCACUCGUCCCGAGUGUCCUCGGGUUGUCUUUGUUACUCGUGAUAAACCUCCAUGUCUGUCUGACUGCGCUGGACGCUAUCAGGACUAUUUUUAUCCCCGAGUUACCUCAUUUGUCAUUGCGAACUUGUCUCUGGGGAAGCAAAAAAAAAACAAUUUCAAGCGGUCAGAAGACAGAAAACGGCUCGCGGUCUGGGGGCCACGGGGAACCAAUGAACUCGAACAAGAUCUGCUGGUAGACGCCCCCACCCGACUCACUGUGUCGCUCUUAUGGGCCUGGUAAUGAUUACUGCUGUAGACUCUAUGCCUUGUGCAUCUCGCAACCAAACACGAGCUCAUCUCAUCGCUUCACCUCCACACUGGUUAUCCUGCUGGGAUGCCAUUUCAUCUUCAGUUUCAACCAUCGGCCAUCAUCACCCUUAGCAAUGUGUCGUGGCCCAUGCCCACAGUCAAUAUGAUGUAUCUUAUUUGUAUUUGUUCUCCAAUCCGUCUGUUGAUCUUUGUCUGUCUCUCAGUUGAUUCCAAGCAUGCAUCUCUCCAUGCUUCUCUGCAUAUGCUGCAUCUUGUUUUAUUAUGUAAUCAGUGUAUUUACAAUCAAUUUGUAGCAGCUAACAUGCAUUCUUUGAAAACUGCAUUCUUUUGGCAGAUGGGUAGGUUUCUAUUCAUUAUCAAACAUAGACUUUCAAAAGUACCCCAACCUGCUCUCGAUCGCCACCAUUUUUAUCCCGGUGUGCCUUCAACAAUCGUUAUGUUUUCCAGUUGUCUCCCUCCAACAGUUACCCGAAUUGGUUUAGUGCUCAUUCAUUUUGAGCACAACUUUACAACUUUAAACAUUUAUCGUUAAGAUUCUUGUGACACCGAGAACAUCGCGCUUGGUUGUUUGGUCGCUGUUGGAAUGAGCAAGAAAGGCAGCGAGAGAUUGUCACCAUGUGAUGUCGUGUGGCCCCAUUGGUGUCGUCUGCGUCCCUCGGUCUGCAAGGUCUGUCGUCUUGGGUACGUUUCCCUCGAUGUAGUGUCACACGCCCACCCCAGACGCUCCAGCAGUACGUUUGACCUUGUUGUAGUGCAGAAUGUACAUUCGUGAUGUACUGGACUCGUGAUGAGAGUGCGUGACAACAAACGUGUUCAGCCGUAGACUGGGAUGUGCUCGUCAGCGUGAUGUGCAGUCAUGUGCAAAGUGAAACACGGGUCUGCUUGUGUUGACUUCAUUGUUGUGUGCUUGACACUGGGUUGUGCUGUAUUUCAUUGUCUCUUUAUUUUAUUAUUAAUGCAGUGUUGUUGUUUUUCCCGUGACCUAAUUAACGGAGCGAGAUGGAUCGCUCGCUGCGAUUGCUCGCCCCACACUCCGACCGUCCUUUUAGUCCGCGUCGGUCUUCUCCAUGGUUGGGACUGGAAGACCGCAAUGUGGUCAGCAAGGUCGAUUGCCUGCCGAUCUAGAGGGCCUUUUGUGACCGACAGCUAGCCAUUAAUAUUAUUAUUCCGACUACUGUGCUUGUUUACCCAGCAAAGUCCAAUUGAGUCACUUUUAGGAGGGUGCUGCCAAGCAUUCACAGUAAAAGGCGAUGCUUGCUAUGUAUCAUCCCAAUUUGGCCAAUUUGGACCAUGACGAACAGUUUGAACCAUAUCGUGGCCUAGUGAAAUAUAUGCCCUCUCCAUGCUCAAAUGGAGGGCAGCACACUUUGCAUUGGUGGUGGAAAGUCUACAUUCCUGUGGCAGGAGCCCGUCUUUCUGUAAGAUAGCCACUUGACUUACCAGGAAGUGAUACUCACUUUAUCGAUACUGGAAGAAUUGCUGAUGGGCUACGCUCCACUCCCUGAGCAGUAUUUGAACUCGCAAUCUCGUGAUGGUGAGUGAAGGGGCCUGACCACUGAUAAGUUACCCUGCCCGUUAAAAAAAGUUGUACAAUCAAACUGCAGCAACUGCCAUGAACCUAUCUGCACAGGGCUUUGGGUACACUCCCAGCGGUGGCCUUUAAGAAAUGUACAUUGUGAUUGCUGCUAUGAAUACUAUUAUUUAUAUUCGUGAAAGUGUAACUGUAACGGGAGUGAAUGACAAAGUAGACAAAAGUAAUUCCUGCUGGUAUUGGUCAUCACUGAUGAGGGAAUGUGUUUUGUGGGUUUUGCUAUUUUAUAUAUAACUUGAUGCUUUGGUUGGACUGCGCGACACUUUAUAUUGGGCCUGUGGUCACAGCAGUCACUUGCGCUGCAUCUUUACAUGAUAGUCAUUUUAUUUUUGUAUGCGUGUUUAGUUAUGUAUUUGAAAAAAAAACACCCAAAACAGUGUGCAAAAAAGUGAAUUAGAAAAAUCUUUAAAGCUUCACCCAAUGGGGCCGACCGAUUCCUGUGCCUGGAUGCAUGCAGACGCAUGUCUGCCCGAAUUUAUUUUUGUAAUCCUGAUGAAAAUUACGUGCAAGCAUUUCAUAUCUGCACGAGGUCUGGCCCUUGGUUUAAUUCGUAAAAGCAACUGGCGUGCAUUCAGAUGAGUCACAAGUGAUAUUUACUUUUAUCUUGAAGUGCGGCGAAUUUGCAUGCUGGAGAACGUUCUGCGGUUUUCUACCGGUGUCAUCUCAUGUCUCUCUUGAAGGGUUUGAGAGGUUCUCUCCUGCAGAGCAAGGGGGUGUAUUAACAAGGUAACGGUAUCUGCAGUGUGAAUGCGAUGCGGCACGGGUGUAAACGUGUAGUUGAUCAGUUUAGCAUGUACACAAGUGAAUGUCCUUGCACAUGCACUUGAGAGGCUAAUGCUGUAAAUGUGCAUUACGCAGGUGAAUAGGGAAACUGAGUGUUUUUAGUGCCUGGUUUUGCUGAAUUUUUUUAUAUUGACAUUCGAGAAUCCAAAUGUCAUUUUCACAAGUUGUCUGUGAACAAACUUUCAGAUUUCUUCACUGUUUAUUAUAUAAUCGUCAUGUUUAUUGUUAUUACAAUGUUAUAUUUUUCAAUGAAAUGUUCGUCAGGAAAUUUCUACCGCUGUUGAGAAAUUUGACGUUUUAAGUUCUUGUUUUAGGAUGUGUGGAUUUCACAAA